UAACAUAGCAUAUGGACCAGAUUUAAUGUAUGUUGGUGUUCGGUUCUCCGGCCAUACUUUAAUAGCCAAGUCCUCAAAUCACACUAUUCGCGGAGAUAGUCAUGUAACGAUUUUGGACUUCAUAGCACUGUACCCCUCUAUUAGGAUACAACCGUGAUUCUACACGUUAAUAUUAAAAAUAGUCGAAUAAAAUAGUGUAAUAAUUAAACAAGUUCAAUUGUUAAGUAAUUAUUAAUUCUAAUAAUUUAAAUAAGAUAUAAAAAUUAUAAUGACUGAUCGAUUGACAAAAUCACAAAUAUCCUUAUUUAAAGAAGUGUUUUCUCUUUUCGAUAAAAACGGCAAUGGAAGUAUCAUGAAAGAAGAAUUGGAUUCCGUUCUUAAAUCUUUAGGAAUAAUUUCUACAAAACAAGAACUCGAUGAUUUCAUUAAUGAUGUAGACGAAGAUGGAAAUGGAAUUAUAGAAUUAGACGAAUUUCUUAAUAUGAUGAGAAAGAGGAUGACAGCAGAGAAAAAGAAGAAUAUAACCAGAGAGUUAUUUAACAAAAUUGAUAGAAACGGUAACGGUGUAAUAGGUCAUCAAGAAAUAUAUGAUACAAUGCUGAAUCUGGGUGAGAAACUGACACAUGACGAAGUCACUGAAAUGUUUCAAGAAGCAGAUAUUAAUCAAGAUGGAAAAAUAGAUUAUGAAGAUUUUGUAAAACUAGUGAAUAAAAUUAAAAAAUUGGAAAAAAAGUCGACGUUUUAUAAUGUCAAUUCCGAGAUUAAAUCAAAAUCCAAUAAAACAAACAAAUCUAAUAAGACUACAUCAGAUAAAUCAACUGGAAGUAAAGAGAGAAGGGAUCCCGUUUCUAACAUGAAAAUACCUAAAGUAAAGGACGAAGUUAAAAAUCCGAACACGUGCCAAAUAUGAAAAGAAAAAGAAAAACUUACCUUGAAUAUAUUUAGUUGCAAUUUUACUAAAAUUAAUAAAUUUUUGUUUUUAAACACAUAUAUGGCUUAAAACAAAUACUGCUUCUAUCACAUUAAUUCUAUAUUUGUAAUUUUUUUGGACUUCACUACAUUUUUAAUUUUGUUUUUUCUAAUUACCUCUUUCGAAUGCAAAAUGCUACCCUUCGUAUUAAUAAUUUAGCGAGGCCUACCUGUGGCCCAGCGGUCUUCGUACCCUGAACACUGGGAGUUCGGUCGUGGGUUCGAGCUUCGCUCGGACGGACUACCCACGUGGAGUUUUCCGGGUUUUCUCCACGUCUGUAACGCCUAAAUAGAACCCUUCACGAAAUCUUUCGGAAGGCAUGCCCCUAAGGCAGAUCUCCUAAGUGUUGCGUUGUCAUAACAACAGAACACACACAAUAAUAUAGCGCGUCUAUCGCGCUAUAUCAUUGUCGUGAUAAUUAAGUAAAUAUAAUAUUUGUUUUUUUUUAAAUUAUAUCAUUUUUUGUAUGAAUUAUACUGUAUUUAGUUUAUUAUUUUUAAAAUUUUUAGCGAAUAGAUAGUGCUGCAUGUAAAGUUAGCAAACGGAAUGUAGACAGAAAUUAACUGAUAUAUAGAAAUUCAAUCAAUAUUUUGGGAUGGUAUAUACGAUAUUAUCUAAGUCAGAAGUAUUUUAACGUCAAUACGAAGUUUCGUACCAACUGGUGGAAUGGCCGAAGAGUACAUAGCAAACAAAUAAACAGUCUUAUUUAUAUGUAGAAAUUAAUAAGUAGACCUAAUAUUGACUAAAUGAAAAACAAAAUUAAAAUUAGUUUUUGCCUCUAUUCGUUUAAAUUAAACUUAACGAAUUAGUAUUAAUAUGAAGGUCCAAUAAAGAACAAAUAUGCGGUGCCUUCUAAUUUCGAACAAUCCAGAGUUAGAGUUGGAUAGUUCCGGUAGGAACCGCUUCGAACUGAAACUACUAGAAACUGUUCCACGUGGAGUGUCGAGACAGUUCCGAAACUACUGACACAUUCUCCAUUUUGUAAUUUUAUGAAUAAAGCCAUAACGCGUUCUGAACGUUAGCUGAUGCAACUACAAUAUGGCGGACCGGACAUCUUGAAGUAAGAGUUUAUAAUGUGUCACUGUGAAAGAUACUGUGUUGAUAAGAAAUGAAAAUGACGCUCAAAGAACAUAAAAUGCAACUCGAAAUAUCACGGUAAUAGUUCUUGUAAAAAUAAAUAACUCUGCAACAUUCUUGAUUCUCAUAAAAAAGACUUAUUUAUGAAUAAAAGUUCUUGACAAAGUAAUUAUUUUUAGUAAAUUAGUUGUUAGAAAAUGUUGACAUCUGGAUUACCGCUACAAUUUUUCAUGAAUGAUUGAUUGAGUGUUGAAAAGUAUCCAAGUUACACUUCUGUAGGUGAUGAAUAAUUUUGU